AUGCCUCCAAUAUCCCAUCUUCCCUCCAAUGGAAAUCCCAUCUUCCUUUUCCCUCACUGCAUUUUCCUUCAUAAUUUCCUUCCUGUUCUUGCUAUUCAACAACAGCAAAAGAUUCAUAAUUCCUUCAAAAUUUCCUCCAGGUCCAUGGAAAAUCCCUCUUAUUGGAAACUUGCACCAACUGAUAGGUUCACUACCCCAUCAUUCUCUCAACAAAUUAGCACAAAAAUAUGGUCCUAUAAUGCACCUACAAAUUGGUGAACUUUCAACGGUUGUAAUAUCAUCUCCUCAAAUAGCCCAAGAAGUUUUACAAACGAAUGGCCUUGCAUUUUCAGACAGACCAGAUUUGAUGGUCAACAAGAUCAUAUUUUACAACUUUUCGGCCGUUGGAGGUUCACACUACGGCGAAAGCUGGAGGCAGAUGAGAAAACUAUGCAUUUUGGAACUUUUAAGUCCAAAGAAAGUUCAGUCAUAUUACAGUAUAAUGGACGAAGAAAUUUCUCGACUCAUCUUGUCGAUUCAAUCCAGUUUAGGACAGCCUAUAAAUCUGACUGAAAUGGUUUUAUCAGCUCAAAGUUCCAUUGUGUGUAGAGCUGCUGUUGGGAGAAGAUGCAAAGAUCAAGAAAAACUAAUAUUGCUUAUAAGAGAAUCAGCAUCAUAUGCAGGAGUUUUUAAUUUUGCUGAUAUAUUUCCUUCAAUGAAAUUAAUUCAUUUCUUAUUUGGAUUGGAUAAAAAAUUAAUUAAAAUGCAUAAAAAAAUUGAUCAUAUUCUUGAGGGAAUAAUCCAAGAGCAUGAAGCAGACAGAAUAAGAACAAGGGUGGAUGAGCCACUGGAGGAAGAUUUGCUGGAUGUUUUUUUGAGGCUCAAGGAGAGCAAUGAUUUUCAGAUAUCUAUCAACAGGGACAACAUCAAAGCAAAUAUCUUUGAAAUGUUUAUAGCUGGAAUUGAAACUUCAACAACACUAGUCGAAUGGGCCAUGUCAGAACUAAUGAAGAACCCUAAAACAAUGGAGAAGGCACAAGCUGAAGUGAGACAGGCCUUCAAGGGAAAGACAAAAAUACAAGAAAAUGACAUCCAGACACUGAAAUACCUUAAAAUGGUCGUCAAAGAAACAUUAAGAUUACACCCUCCUGGUCCUCUGCUGAAACCUAGAAAAUGUAGAGAACAAUGUCAGAUUGGUUCGUAUCAAAUACCCAUAAAUACAUUCGUCAUAACAAAUUGCUGGGCAAUAGGGAGGGAUCCAAAUUAUUGGGAGAAUCCUGAGAGUUUUGAACCGGAAAGAUUCAUCAAAAGUAGCAUUAAUUUUACGGGAAAUCAUUUCGAGUUAAUACCAUUUGGCGCAGGGAGAAGAAUGUGUCCGGGUAUUUCCUUUGGCAUAGCCAGCGUCGAGCUUGCUUUAGCUCGACUUCUCUACCACUUUGACUGGAAAAUUCCUGGAGGGAUUAGUCCUCAAGAAUUGGACAUGACUGAGGUUUUUGGUGCAGCCGUUGGAAGAAUUCUUUUUUUAACCCCCCCCCCCCCCACCCAACAACAAAACACCAAACUACCAUACAUCUUUUUAUCAUAUUUAAUCAGAUUAGUAAUGCACAGAAUUGAAGUCAAUGAUUAUCUUUUAUGA